AUGCGGGCUGCUCGCGAGCCUUGGUGUCAAGCUCGGUGCUUUCGGCGGUGUCGCUCUUUUCGGCGUCAUCUUCAUUGCCUCCAACGUCCCCAGGCUACGCAGGGACGUUCUCCAGAACGUUCCUGUCCUCGGUGGUCUCUUCGUCAAGGAGCCCCUCCCCGCCUCCGACAACCCUUUCUAAAUGUACCACCCACCGACACUGGGCGAUGGACGGGAUUCGGAGAGCGAGAUGCCAAGAGGGAAUGCCUUGGUCAAGGCAGUUGUACAACUCUCUGGUUGAAUAGAUUCUAG